CUGUGGUGGUGAACAGCCCCUGACCGGGGGCGUGUCGAGCGCCUUCGCCGGGACUCGUUUCCUGGCGGAGGGAUCCGGGGUGUGGUAGCUGGACCGGGACUCGUUUCUCGGCGGAGGGAUCGGGGGCGGGCGGCGCUGCGGCUCAACCUGGCUCCGGGCGGGGCGGGGGGAGGUGGCUCCGGACCCGCCGCCAUGGACGAGGCCUACGACGUGAUCGUGCUGGGCACCGGGCUGAGCGAAUGCAUCCUGUCGGGGAUCCUGUCGGUGAACGGGAAGAAGGUUCUGCACAUGGACCGGAACCCCUACUAUGGCGGGGAGAGCUCCUCCAUCACCCCCCUGGAGGAGCUGUAUAAACGCUUUGGGCUCCCCGAGGGGCCCCCUGAGUCCAUGGGGCGCGGCCGGGACUGGAACGUCGACCUGAUCCCCAAAUUCCUUAUGGCCAACGGCCAGCUGGUGAAGAUGCUGCUGUACACAGAGGUGACCCGGUACCUGGACUUCAAGGUGGUGGAGGGGAGCUUCGUCUACAGGGCGGGGCAGGUACACAAGGUGCCCUCCACCGAGACCGAGGCGCUGGCGUCCAAUCUCAUGGGCAUGUUCGAGAAGCGCCGGUUCCGGAAGUUCCUCGUCUUCGUGGCCAAUUUUGACGAGAACGAGCCCCAGACGCUGGAGGGGGUCGACCCCCACGGGACCCCCAUGCGGGACGUGUACGAGCGCUUCGACCUGGGACAGGACGUGAUCGACUUCACGGGCCACGCGCUGGCGCUGUACCGCACCGACGAUUACCUGGACCAGCCCUGCCUAGAGACCAUCCACCGGAUCAAGCUGUACAGCGAGUCGCUCGCGCGCUACGGGAAGAGCCCCUACCUCUACCCGCUCUACGGGCUGGGGGAGCUGCCCCAGGGGUUUGCCAGGCUCAGCGCGAUCUAUGGAGGCACCUACAUGCUGAACAAGCCCGUGGACGAGAUCGUCAUGGAGAACGGGCGGGUCGUGGGGGUCAGAUCGGAGGGGGAGGUGGCGCGGUGCAAACAGCUGAUCUGUGACCCCAGCUACGUGCCCGAGCGGGUUCGCGGGGCCGGCCGCGUCAUCCGUGUCAUCUGCAUCCUGAGCCACCCGAUCCGUGGCACCAGCGAGGCCGGCUCCUGCCAGAUCAUCCUGCCCCAGAACCAGCUGGGCCGCAAGUCGGAUAUCUACGUCUGUCUGGUUUCCUGGGCCCACAACGUGGCUGCGCCCGGGAAGUUCAUUGCCAUUGUCAGCACCACGGUGGAGACGUCGGAGCCGGAGCGGGAGGUGGAGCCCGCGCUGCAGCUUCUGGAGCCAAUCAGCCAGAAGUUUGUGGCCAUCAGUGACUUGUACGAGCCCAUGGAUGAUGGCACAGAGAGCCAGAUUUUCUGCUCCCGGUCGUAUGACGCCACCACCCACUUCGAGACGACCUGUGACGACAUCAAGGACAUUUACCGGCGCAUGGUUGGCGCCGCCUUUGACUUUGAGAGCAUGAAACGGCACCAGAGCCACAUCUUCGGGGAGGAUGAGCAGUGACUACCCCCCCCCCCGCCGGAGCCAGCUGGGACCUGCCCCCCCCCAGCACAGGGACCAGCUAUGACUUCUCCCCCAUCUGCACCAGGACCAGCCCCCUCUCCCCAUCCUCUGGGACCAACCCCCCCUACACACACGCACCAAUCCGGUACCUCCCUAAGUACCAGGAACACCUGUGACCCAUCACCCCCAAAUCCCCCCACCCCAUAGCUACUGCCACAAGCAGGGACCAAGCCUGGCACUACCCCAAACCCAAUCCCCCCUGGGGGAGUCUUCUCCCCCCCCCCGGCACAUGGGGGGGGGGUACCUGUGGGGCAGCUCUGUAGGGCACGUCUAAGGCCUGGGAGACGUCCCCCCCACAUCGGGGGGGGGGCGGGGAGAUGUCUUGGGUGGUGGGUCACCCCACUCCCCCAAAGCUGGUCCAGUUUCCCCUGUCCCGUGUCCGCCCCCCACUUUAGCCAUGUAGGGGGGCAGGUUCGUGUAUGUCAUGAGGGGGCAGCGCUCCCCCCCCCAGCACCUGCUGCUCGCUGUAAUUUAUUUUAAGUUAUUAAUACUGGACCAGGGCCAAGAGGGGGAGAAGAGCUGGGGGGGCACCGCAGCCCCUGUUCGGGGGGGUUCUGGCUGGGGUGUGCCCCCCUGGACCCCAUGCUGUCACUGUUUAACAAUGCCCCCCUCUCCCCCUGCUCAAUUGUGUCCAGGCAAUAAAGUUACUUUAGUCAACCAUG